AUGCCAGAAUCCCGUAACAAUUCUGUUGUAGAAUCAACAGAAACCAACGAUGCAUCUCUUGAAGUUGGUCAUACGUCUAUCCAAGGUGUCUCUGCUGAAGGCUCUCAAAUGCAGCCACAACAACAGCCGAUGACAACUAAGGCUAGAAAAUUUGGCCUUACUAAAUAUACCGUGUAUGUGACAAGUCGAAGGAUGUACGUUGUGGGAAGUAACACGAGAGAAACGAUGUUCAGAAUCAUUGAGAUCGAUUUGACUUCGCCCGAGAAAUUGAUUAUUAUGGAAGAUAAUGUGUAUUUCAAUAGAACAGAAAUCAUUGAUGUUCUCAAUGGAUUGGAGGAGUCCAGCGAAGGUGGAUUGACCAAGAAAAUUACUGCAGUGGGACUUUUGGGCUUCAUAAGGUUUACCAAAUACUACUAUUUGCUUGUGGUAACGAAAAGAAGGCCGGUGGCUAUACUAGGUGGCCAUUAUUUGUACCAUAUUGAUGCCACAGAGUUGAUUCCCAUGUCAGACAAUCAGAGAAAACCUGCCAGGAACUCCGAGGAGUCUAGGUAUCUUCAGACUUUCCUCAGCAUUGAUUUAAGCAAGACUUUCUACUACAGUUAUACCUAUGAUUUGACCAAUACAUUACAGGUCAACUGUCUGAGGCAGAAGACACGGUCUCUGGGUCUAUUCGAAAAUGACUCUGUCCAUGAGUUGUAUAACGAUCGGUUUGUAUGGAAUUCGCAUUUAUUGGAACUUGCUCUGACUAAUUUUGAUCGCGUCUACGAUUGGUUUCAACCGAUUAUUCAUGGAUUCGUUGACCAGAUCAAGAUUUCCAUCUUUGAUGCCGAGGUAUACGUUACUUUGAUAGCUAGGAGAUCGCAUCAUUUUGCAGGUGCAAGAUUCUUUAAGAGGGGUGUGAACGAUAGCGGAAACGUGGCCAAUGAAGUAGAAACAGAGCAAAUAGUUACAGACAUGCUUACUUCAUCAUUUCAUGAUCCCGCAGCAGGCUUUUUUAACAAUCCGAGAUACACCUCGUUUGUCCAGCAUCGUGGUUCUAUUCCACUAUCAUGGUCGCAGGCUACUGCUCCUAAUAUUCGAAUGACAAAACCUCCCAUUGAAUUGAACGUUAUCGAUCCAUUUUAUUCUGCCGCAGCUCUACAUUUUGACAACCUUUUCAAAAGGUAUGGUGCCCCGGUUCAGAUUCUCAAUUUAAUCAAGCAGAAGGAAAAGACUCCUAGGGAGACGAAACUACUUACCGAGUUUGAAAACUGCAUCCAUUAUUUGAAUCGGUUCCUUCCUGAGGAGAAACAAAUUGAAUAUACCGCAUGGGAUAUGUCGAGAGCAUCCAAAAGCCAUGACCAGGACGUGAUUGCUUGGUUGGAGAACUAUAGUGAGCAUACUGUUUCGUCAACAGGCUUUUUUCACAACGGUAAAACGUUGGAAACGACGCAGCUUCAGCAAGGUAUAUGCAGAACUAACUGCAUCGAUUGCUUGGAUAGAACUAAUGCUGCCCAAUUUGUCAUUGGUAAAAGAGCGUUAGGCCAUCAAUUGCAUGCUUUGGGUUUCAUAAACCAGAAAUAUCUAGAGUAUGACUCAGAUGCCAUCAAUAUAUGGACUGAGUUGUUUCAUGAUCACGGUGAUACCAUCGCUCUACAAUACGGAGGAUCGCAUCUUGUGAACACUCUACAGACUUAUCGAAAGAUCAACCAAUGGAGCUCCCACUCAAGAGAUAUGAUCGAAAGUGUCAAGAGAUUCUAUAGUAAUUCGUUUAUGGAUGCACAAAGACAGGAUGCCAUCAACUUGUUUUUGGGAAACUACGUCUACAAGGAAGGUCAUCCUAUGCUAUGGGACUUAAACACAGAUUACUACCUUCAUAACAAUUAUGUUGGAGUUAGUUUAAAUUAUAGACCCAGCUAUACCCAUUGGUUCUCCGAUUGUAACUUGGAUAACCAGAAAAAGGAGCUACUAGAGUUGCAAGUGGAACGCAAGGGGGCGUUUUUUACGAGAAUUGAAGAGUUGACUGCUUUUAAAAUUGAACCUAUUCCGGGAUUCUAUGAUAACUAUUGGAACAAUAAAUACCUGCCAAGGGAAUUGACCUCCUUCAGCGAAUUGUUUGAGUUCAACAUGAAUUCCACUCUUCAAUACAGCGGCAGUUCUAACACUAAUACCAAUUCAGCAGAUAUCAACCAAGAUACAGCCAACAACUCCAAUGUUUCCAGUUUCAGUAUGAAUCCAGCCAGCCGAUCACAGGGUCUGAGUGUUAGCUCAACGGAUAACAGCAGUGUUUUUACCAAUGAUAAGCUUGCUGUCGAUUCGGCCGAUCUUACAAAACAACUUGUAUCGCCAUUCAAAUCAAGAAAACCUCACAGAGAGCGCAGAUUAGAGCAGGGACUGCAUUUUGAGAAUGAAGCAAGGCAAAUAGUCACUGAUAGUGAAGUGGCAGAGCAUGAAUCUCUUGAGUUGUCAUCCUUCAAUCUAAGGGAAUUAAGAUUUAGUCAUGACGAAUACGAGAAGGUUAAAAAGGGUCACGAGAACUUCGAUAAGAUUCUUAGAAAUAUAGGGAACGAGAUCGGUAGGUCUAUCAGGGAAACCAAGAAGUUGCCAAUUAUUACAAAGGCUACGAAUCAAACAAUGGACGAAAAAGCUUUUGACUUUGUUGAUGAGACGUAUUUGGAUUCCGUAAAACCUUCUCAGGAUUUAUUUAUGGCAGAUAUCCACAAAAAUCAUUAUAAUUGCAACCCAAUAGUAUCGAAAAGUGAUAUGGAGUGUUACAGAAAGAGCAUAAAUGCAGGAAAAGAAAUUGAGGUGUCGAGACAACCAGAAUCUUCAAAAAUUGACCAGCUUUCCCACGAAUAUUCCAAACUACUGAAAGUGACGGUGCUUCAGUCUGAUUUGUCUCUUUAUGGACAGUUCGUGGACUGUAUGAACGAAUGGAAAGUUGAGAAGGCUUUAUCGGAUGUGCCACUCAAAAAGAGUGCUCCUGUCAGGUACGUACAAAGUGACCAAACAAAUACUGAACGUGCAGAAAAUGUAGAUUUCAAGCCUAACACGAUGUCAGUUCUGGAGGAGGUAGCAUAUUCCAGCUUUCAAAACAAGAAUGAAAAAACAGAAACAUCUUCAAUGCGUUCGGCAAAUUCUUCAACCCGGCCUAUAUCCAAUUCCACUCCCCAGAUUCAUCCUGCUACGACCAGCACAUCGUCUACAUCAACGUUAGUGGGUGGUCUACACAACGAGGACAUACUUAACUCACCAUUCUCGCAUGGUGAUAGUAGAGUAUCAUAA